CCGCAAAUACGAUCAACAACACAACACAGUACAACCCAACACAACAGACAAUACUCAGUCUACUGCCUACCUACCUACAAGUCUUCUCACCACUCUCAAUUACCUCUUCUCUACAACCUCACCUGAACACCACUACCAACAAAACCACCACCAACCCGGAAAUGGACCCCCGACAACACCACCCAUCCCAACCACCACUACCACAAUCAACAUCAUCAACACACCUCAAACCACCACCCUCCACACCACACUCCCAUCAACAACGCCCCCCAUCCACCCCCUCGCACCACCACCGCACCCCCAUAACCGCGCACCCCAGCGCCACCAUCUCCGAAAGCCUCCUAAUCCAAGGCUCGCACCCCAUCUCCAUCGGAGCGAGCACAAUAAUCCACCCACGGGCUCGAAUCUACUCCUACGAGGGGCCGGUGAUAAUCGGCAACGGAUGCAUAAUCAGCGAGAAGAGCAUUAUCGGGUCCGCGCCCACCACCUCCACCUCCACAUCCACAUCUACAUCUACAUCAAGCGGCAUCGCCAGCAAAGACGAAGGGUCAAUUCUACCUAUCCGCAUCUCAAACAGCGUGACAAUCGGUCCAGGGGCACAGAUCCUUCCCGGGGCGCAUAUCCAUAGUGCGAGUUGUGUGGAGGCGCGCGCGGUGAUUGGGAGAAGGGCGGUCGUGGGAUCGCAUUGUCGGGUGUGUGCGGGCGUUGAGGUGGCGGAUGGGGAUGGGGUUGCGGAUUGGAUGGUUGUUUGGGGGGGUGGGAAUAGGAGGAGGAGGAGGGCUGUGGGGAGGGUGGAGCCGAGGGGUGGAGGUGGGAAUGGUGUAGGGGGGAAUGGGUUGGAGGGGAGGGUGAUUGAGGAGGCGAGGUUGAUGGUGUUGCAGAGGGAGAGGGAUGCGUUGGUUAGGUUGAUUGGGGGGAGGAGGAGAUGAGCUUGUUUUCAUUGUGGUAGGUUGUUGGAUGAUGGGGGAGAAGGUGGGAUAGGUGGGGGGUGUUUGUUUCUGCUCUAUACCCAGUUGCUAUGUGAUUUUAAAACUACUGCAAGCAUGUUGUGCACGUUCUUGAUCUGCUAGGUUCGAUGU